AUGACAAGUGUAGUUCUACGUUUUUUUCAACCAACUUACGAUUAUGAUAGCUCUAGUGAAGAAGAAUUAUUAUCUCAAGACGAAACAGAAGAAACCCACAACAAGUUUCUAGCUAAAAAUGCUGCUACCGGUUAUUCUAGUUCUAGUGAUGAAGAAGAAUUAUUAGACGAUGAGGAAGAUGAGGGAAAUAAAACUGAAGAUAGUGAUGAUUCACUAUUCAAUAAUAACAGCGAUGAUUCUGACUUAGAUGACGAUAGUGACAGCAAACCAUAUGGGCCAGACUGGUUUAAGAAACCACAAUUCAGAAAAGGCGGUAAUGGUAGCAGCCCUGCUAACAAGUUUUUGAAAGGUGCUGAUUAUUCUUCAGAUGAGGACAAUUCUUCAGAUGACGAUUAUAAUUCUGGUUUUGAUGGCAAGAAGACUGCUGUUAAGAGUGCCAAAGAUAAGUUAUUUGACGAAUUUGAAACUGUUCAUAAGAAAAUAGAUGUUGCUGAGUUGACCAAUGACUGGGUUUCCGUUUUGAAUGAAUUUGAUCAAAGCAGUAAAUUAUUCACCAGAUCCCAACAACAAAAUUUUGGUGGUGUACCUUCUGUUUAUAUUAAAAUUAUAAGUCAGGUGGAAGAAGCUGUUAAUGCUGCCACUGCCAACAACGAGGAACUAUUCAAGAAAAAUAAGGUUGUUUCAAGGGCUUUCAACACUACAAAACAGAGAGUCAAGAAACUUAUUAGAGAAUAUUCGGUCCAAUUGGACAAGUACAGAAGUAACCCAGAGUUAUUUGAUAAAAUAGAUGUUAUUGUUGAUGAAAAUUCUGCUGCUAAUAUUCCUGUUGCUGUUCCAAGUUUAAGUGGCGAAAGCCCUGCAACUAUCGAGUUUUUCACUGUAUUGAAUGCUAUUUUAGAAUCCAGGGGUAAGAAAAAUUCUGACUUGAACCAGCAAAUUGCUACUUUGGAAACUUUAUUGGCGGAAAAAGCAUCUACUCCAUACGAAAAAAUUGUUGCUUAUGCUAAUUUGAUCCCAAUGAGAUUUGAAAGUACGAAUAACAUGUCUUAUCAACCAUUAAAUCAAUGGGAUAUUACCUUUAAUGAUAUUUGUGACUUUUUACAAGUUUUGGAAGAUAAUAUCGAUCAUUACCAUUUCAGCGAAACUGCUCCAAAAAACGAUUUUAUUGAAAUAGAACCAACCCCCAAUGAUGAAAGUGGUGUUAAAGAGAUUUUGGGAUCCAUUUUUGCAUUUGUUGAAAGGUUGGACAGUGAAUUUAACAGUUCUCUAUUAAACAUUGAUCAUCGUUCCAGCGAAUAUCUGAAAAGAUUAAGGGAUGAGCAAAAAGUUUAUAAUCUGUUACUAAGAACACAAUUGUAUUUGGAAAAGACAUUGCCAGAAACUGUAGCCGAUAAAGUUUUAACUCGUCUUUUGAUUAUCAGAUUGGACCAUAUUUACUACAAGCCAUGUAAUUUGGUGUAUCUAAUGGAAAAAAAAGCUUGGGGCUCAGGAACUGUCAAAGCUUUUUACAAAUCUUCUAAAUUCGUUACUUUUGAAGAUGGCCAAGAGACUCCACAACAAUACUCUUUCCGUCUGUUAAACACCUUGACCAAUAUUUUCCAUAAUAAAGAAAAGAACGAUCAGGUCGUAUUGCGGAAACGUGCUACAUUGUACCACGUCUAUUUCUAUGCAUUGAACGGUGAAUAUGAUGAGGCUUGCAGGAUGUUAGAAAACUCAUAUUUGAAACAGAGUAUCAAUAAUGCACCAGGUGGGUUACAAAUCUUGUAUAACAGAGUUAUUGUUCAAUUGGGAUUUAGUGCUUUCAAACUGUGUUUGAUUGAGGACACUCAACAAAUUUUGUAUUCUGUUGUAGUCAAUUCAUAUGUAAAAGAAGCUAUGGGUCAAAAGCCAUUGCCUAAGAACGUCAAUAGUUUGGACAUUGUUGCUGCUGCUGAUUUAACAACUACUGCCACCACAAAUGCCAAUAGUAGAGACGAUUCAACUACCAGAUACUGCGAAUUGUACUUGCCAUACCAUAAACAUAUAAAUUUGGAACUAAUCGAUGCGGUUUUCAUGUCAUGUUCCUUGUUAAAUGAGGUGCCAAGAAUCGCUGCAUUCAAUGCUCGUUGCAACAAUGUAAUCAAAGCAUCUCAUUCUCAAAAAUCUAUCAGAAAAAUCUUGGAUAACAACGAAAGAAGUAGUUACCAGGGACCACCAGAAACAUUGAGGGAUUAUAUUUUGUAUGCUGCUAAAUCCAUGCAAAGGGGAGAUUGGAAAGAUUGUUUGACUUAUUUGUUGAAAACUCCAAUCACGAGAGAUUUGAUCAGUAGUAGUCCACAUAAAGAUGAAAUUUUAAAGAAGUUAACGGCAAGAAUCCAGGAACAAUCUUUGAUCACGUAUUUCUUCAACUAUAAAAGGUUUUACAGCAAAUUGUCUGUUGAAGAAUUGUGCAAAAUUUUCAACUUGGAACAUGGUCAAGUGGUUGAUAUUUUACAAGAUGUUAUUAAUAAACACGAGUUGGAAGACACUUGUAGAUUUGAUGACGAAUCUAGGAAAUAUAUUGUAUUGGAAAAGGGUCAAGAAUUACCUAAAUUGGAAGAAAUUGCAGUAAAAUUACAUAAGGAAAAAAAGGCAAGAAGUUAUGCCCAUAGAAUGAAUAACGGUAAUCCAAAUUGA